UGAAGUUGAAGGUUGCUUGAAAGCUUCAAGGUCAGUUGGAAUGCCAAGUUAUGAAGUAAUAUCUCCUCAAGUUGCUUGCCCAACAUGUUCCGGAGCAGGCUACGUGCGUAAAGAUUCCAGAGCAGAGUAUGUGGCUUUAAUUCCUCUGACAGACCGACGUCUUCGGCCGCGUAGAAUAUGCCUUAAACUCUUUGGGUCUGUAGUGAUCUGCUCCUUAGUAUUUAUACUUUUAUUGGUGUUUCUCUUUCCUCGAACAAUCUCUUUGAGAAGUUCAGCGUACAAGUUAAUUACGAUAAGUGCCAUUGCCAACAUGCAAGAUAAUUUGAUAGAUCUCACAGUGAUUAACCAGAUUAAUGUAUCAAAUCCUAACUUUGUUCCAACCACAAUAACUAAAAUUAUUGUGUCCCCAAAAUACCGUUCAGUGGAUCUACAAGAGACACUUAACAAUUCCAUUCAGAUGCUACCGCUUCGCUCAGAAACUUUACUGAAUGUGACAACGAAGUUACUCUUUGAGCAUAAACAUUUCGAUGUAAUGUAAGUUGGUGAUUAUUUUAUAUCUGGAUUCAUUUUAUAUACUACAGAUUUAGUUACGAUCGGUAUGUAAAAAUAGAUGAGCAGGGAAAGGAACAAGAUUUAGUUCAUUUCAGUAAACAAAUUCAUGUGUAAUUGUAUCUACUUCACAGCUGGUUCCACUGGAACUUCGUGUGACAGUGUUGUUUAACAAGGGUUAUGCUUCGAAUGUGGUCGCAUUACUCUGGCUUAUGCUUUGCUACCCUGUUAUCCAUUAUGUCCACUCUUUGCGACAGUGCUUCACUCUACUUAAUCUAGAGAAUACUACGGGUUUAAUACAGCAAACCGUAUGUCUUAUUAUUCUUCACAUUCGUUAUUCUUAACUACUUUGAUCACUUGACUGUAGCUCCCACCUUGGUGUGGUGGUGGUGCUUGCUUAUUGUGAUGACUCAGCCGAGUGAUAGUGGCUGGAACAUAUCUUCCUUUAGGUCCUACCAUUUCAGGUUGAUCAGUUGGGGUACAGUAAAACCCAAAGUAACGACUUGAUGUUCUACGGUAGGUCCUACUGACUAUAGAGAAGUGUCACAGUAGUAGAGCGUUUCCCUCGAACGACCUCGCCUGAUCCCACGGAUUUCUGUCUCCGGAGAUAGGUUUCAAGGCACUGGGCUAACUCAUUAAACACUUCCCAUAAAAACGCUGUGCGUGACCGGCCUCAGGCAGCUAUCUCUUGGGCUCUGUGGCCAAACCCUCAAAUCGCUAAAAACUAUUGCUAACCCAGACUCUUAUUUAAGCAUAUCAAGAAAUAUCCACUAAUAUUUGGACAGGCGAGAGGUGAAAACCGUCCCCAUACCUCUAACAACACCCAAGGUCACUUUGGUCGCCAUCAUGUCUCCCCUAAUCCAUUAUUAAUUCUCCUAUCUUUAUGGACAACCCUUUUCGCAUAUCCCUAUAAUCACGCGCCACCAAUGCUGAUAACUUGAGUUUACGAAAUGUUAUUCCUGGCCUCCCGAAACCACAAUCUAAACAACAUUUUGGAGUUAUUAAUGUUUAAACUUUGUCUGAUAGAACAACGGGCUACCUUAGCCGGGAAUAAAAUCUAGCGCCAUUGAUGUGUUCUGCGUCUUUGAAACGCUCACACUAGGUCCAAGUGCUGUUGCUCAUUCGAACUCAUUUUAUCAAUAUAAAGAACCGGUGUAAAAUGUGAUCGAUAGACGAACUCACCAGUAAUAAAGGGGAACAUCCACCACCACAUUAACUCCCUUUGACCUUGUACUACUGUAUCUCUUUAUUAACCAAUCACAGUUUGAUGUUCAUUGUAAAACAAUAUUUGCUUGUUGACUCAUUUUUCCUAUUCUCUGGCUACUGUUCGGUAUGUUAUUUGUCUGUUUUUUCCCUAUAUUAAUAGACAGUACAGUCUGUUUGUACACUAACGAUGUUAAUUUAUGUUUUAGAAACAGAUAAAGUUUAUCUAGCCAAAUAGCUUGCUUGCUCUGACUUUGGCCAAACUAAGACUCUGUAUUCGACGGUCUAGAGAAUAGCUCAGAAUUAAACUUGUAGGAAAUUGCUCCCUACAACUGGGUCGAUCUACUCUUUGUGUGUCUGGGGACCCCGUUGAUAUUUCCAGCUGUUGUUGGUGUAGCAUUUAGUUUUAAAGUAGAAUAUAAUUUCUUAGAAUGAAUCCCAAUGGACAAUCACUUUUUCACUACCCGAUUCAAUAGGAAAGUGAAAACUCUAAAAGAUUAGUACACAUAGUUGUCUCUACCUAAACUUACUGAUUACAAUUCCAAUGAAGUAAAAGAUGAAUUUUACAGGAAAAUUUCCGGCCUUAAGGAAGCUAAACUUUUUGAUGCGGUAAUAAUGGGUGAUUUUAAUACCUAAAUAAGUAAACUAAACCAAACUGAAAAGCGUUCAAGUGUAUCACAAUUGAUUGAUCACUGGGUGAGGAUCAAUGUCAUGCUUGUCUAGUCCUUAUUAGUGCAGAUCGAAUGCUAUCGAUCAGGUUGCAAUGUGGCCACCAGUCUAGGUGACUCGACACUGCGGGCACUAUGUAUUGAGAUUUUAGAUGGUGGUUGGAGGUAAUCAACAGGAAACCUUGGACCCGGGUUUCGUGCUAUUUGGCACUCGUCAGCAAGGUGUACCUGUAAUCUUGGAGGAACUGGUGCUCCCUGGCGGAUUCGAUCUCGUGUCACCCAGCUUCACAGUCAGAGACGUUACCACUGAGCUAUUCGAGCGUUGAAGUGUAUCUUACGAUGUCAUCGACCAACAAAAAUAUAGUGCCAACUAUGCUCUGAUGACCAUCCAUCUCUAGACGUAAAGAAAAAUAUCGUUUGACAUGGUGAUUCACACAGUGGACACAUUGAUUAAAUCAAAUAGACCACGUUGCCAUCGUACAUUCUUUGGGAGACGAUAUAAGACUGUCGCUCAUUCUGGAGCAUAUGUUUAGAAUCGGGUCAUGCUUUAGUUUGAGCACUUAUUUCUCUGUAUCUUACUGGACGUAGAAAAAUCGCAGUAUGCAAAACUUCUCGAGUUCCACAUAAUGAUGAGGAAGGUAAGAACAUAUUCUAGGAACAACUAGAGAAGGACAUUAUUUGUUAUUAUUACUUGACGUCCAAUUUCUGUCAUACUACUCGCCGAAAUAUUGACGAAUAUUUGCAUAAAUCAGAAAUUUUUUAAAUAUGGUGGUCCAGUUUUAGCAGUUAUAUUAACCGACAUCAUUAGAAUUUGAGAACUGGACGUAAUUCCAUUUGACUAGUCUAGAUUACUGAUCGUCCCAGUCUGUAAAAAUAACAAUAAUUCCCUUGUGACGAUCACUGAGGAAUUAGUUUGACUAAUAUGGUAUCUAUUUUGAAGAUUUGUGGAGACUGUAUUAUUUUCAAAGUUGAACUAACGAAUCAAAGCUAAGAUAUUACUUAAGACUACUACUAUUGUGGUAAUAUUUUUAAAAAUAAAAUCAAUGAAACGGUACGAAGAAUAACGGACUCUCGUUUUUUUUUCAUUAUUUGAAUAAACACACAAAAUUUAUUAAACCAACAUUUUAGUAGGUACAUGGUUAAAUUGUAGGCUUAGGAAUAAAAUGUAGAUAUCCCCGUUUCAAUAACCGGUUGUGCCCAUUUGACGUUUUUAGUUACUUGUGUAGAAUUAUCGUUGUUACUUGUCAAUUCUGUGAUUGUUUUGUCAGGUUAACGGACUAAUAACACGUAUUGUGGUUCAUUAUCAAGAUAAGUCGGUUUUGACCUAUCAAUGCUUACUGAGUCGAUGUUUCCCUGUUUUUGUACAAAGAAAUACUUAGGUUUUCUUGAGAUAACUUUUUAUGGACCUUCGAAUGGAGGACUAAGUGAUGUUUUUACUUCGUCAUAACUUAUCGAGAUGUGUGUGCAAUUGUUUAGAACCUUGUGUACAUAUGUCGCUCGCAAUUGUUUAAGAGUACUAAUUGGUUUAAGUUUGGAACUAAUCUUCGGGACGACUCUAGGACUACCGAGUGAUCUUAUCAAUCUGCUUACUGGCAGCAAGAAGUUUGAUUUAGAAAGUUACGUAGAUCAACUACGGUACUACACGUCCGAACUUAUAGUGUGUUGUCAUCGGAGUUGAUUUUUUCAAGUGGUGUUCCCCAAGGUUUUCCAACUUACCCAUUUUUAUUUAACUUUUUCAUAGACAGGCUUUUAAAUACAAUUUCAGCAUCUGGCUUUUCAGUGGUUGAUCUACCAGGAAAUCCACUUGCUGAACUAGAAUGCGCAGAUGAUACAGUUCUGUUCGGUGAGGAUGCUAACAAAAUUCAGAGUCUUCUGAUCUACCAUAAGCAACAAUCCGAACAUAUUUGGGAUAUGUCUCCCUCUUUAAGUGCAAAAUGUUGGUCCAAAACUUGUUUGAGCUAACGCCUGUACUAGUAAUAGGAAGUAAAGUCAGUUAGCCAGUCAAUCACAACGUAGAAGCCGGGAAUUAUGUACUUUGAUCAUCUUUACACUCGAAAACUUAUGUUACAACAAAAUUCCAUUCACUGAGCGAAAUUUGACUACUUAAAUUUAUCAAUUGAAGUUUUGAGACAAUGUUUCUUUUCAACUGUUUCCGAGCAUCAAGAUCCUUACCAUUUCCCUUACUUAACCUUAAUGCUUAUGUUCAUCUCCAUACUGUAUUGCCAAAAUACAUGUGUAUAGUCCCAAUGUAAUAGAUUAUACUUCAUUCUACCAUUCAACUUAGGAUCUGUCUCCUGAGAAUCUUAAAGUCUCUCUUUGCAAACUCGUAAAAUACUGUAGAAGUGACCCAACUAAGCAUGUAACUUUUAGCUCCCGUCAUUCAUUCAUUCAUUCAAAGUUUACUGUAUGUAGUGUAUUGUACAUAUUAAGAUUAAAAGAAAUUUUUUAAUAUUUAUACAGUAUGAUUGAUGUGAUAAAAGUUGUGUCAAGUUUAGUUUAAAAAUACUUGUCUAACUGUUCUGUUUAUCUCCAUAUAUCACACUUUAUUCAUCAAUACCUAUUUCUAGAUCAGUUCAAAGUGUAAAGAAGCUAACAAAUCACUUCACUUGACACAACGCUGAAUACGUUUUGGUUGUUUGAACGUUAUCCACGGGCAGAACACAUGUUAUUAUAUCCCCAAGAGUUUCAUGACAGUGUUCUUGUCUCGUAUUAGUUUGAUUCAUGGCUAAGUCACAGUUUAUUGCUUUUUAACAUAUACGUGAUCCUAAACAGCAUUCAGAAAUAUUGCAUACUAACGCAAUUUUGGAAGACAAAUAUUCACUAGAAAAAUCAUAUUGUCUUGAUAGCCCCCAAAUGCCCUGGUACAGUCGAGAGUGGGGAGAGUCAGAUCUUCAAAUGCUCUCACAUGACCACGUGUAUACAGCCACUGCUAGGGAAGCCCCACUCACUACCUUCUCGUGGCGGGGGUGUUGUUUGAGAAAUUGAGAAGUAAAGCAAAUGUUCCGCUCUUUAACCGGGUUGGUGGACACGAAGGAUCCAACUAGGGGAGUUGGAAAACCCUCAUUUCAAACCAAUGGUGUACAUGGGCUUCAGGAUCCUAUCCUGAAGGAACAAAUAAUGUAUGAACCAAUCGUCGGUCACCGACUAUCAUGGAACUGUAUUUCCUAACGUUGCUCCACUGCCUUGUGGAUUAAACAUUUAGGUCAAAGGCUCCAGGUGUAACCCCCUAAGAAAACCACCUACUUCCAUUUGGGCACCCGGGAAGUAUCCCAGCCGUCACACAAACCGAAUGAUUUAUGUGGCGCAUAUGUAUUCGGUCCCCCUUUGUACCAAUAUUUAUGUAUUCAAAUAAAUAGAUAAAAUUCAUGUGAUAGGUUAUACUGAUAACCAUAGUUAGUACAUUCAUAUAUCAAAUAUUAAAUCUAAAUAACUGAAAUGUUUACAAAACCAGUUAACUAACUCUAAUAAGAAUAUAGCUGAGAUUGAAGAUAAUGUCGUUAAAUUAUAACGCAACAGUUUCAAAACUUCACUUGUAUUAUGUAAAAGUUAUAGUACAUAAUUCAAACUUUUAACUGGUUUUUAUAAAUCUAUUUACAUUUAUUUAUUUUCAGUAAAUUAUGUCUUAUGAAAUUACCUUACUUCCAUGAUAUAUACGUAACUUUUACCUUUCAUGUUAGUUAUACAUUAUUAUGGCAAAAUUUUGAUGCAUAUCUUACAAUUAUGCCAUUAGUUGAUUGUUAUCCAACUAAUAUGAAUAUAUCAAAUAUAGAAACUUUAUAAUGAAUAUAAUUCCAUUAGAAGAGAGAUAUCCACUAUAUUUUCAUUUAUGCUUUAAAUAGAUUUUCUUUUCUACUUUGUAUCUUUUUUUAUUUUUUCUUCUUUUUUUGCUUCAAAUUAUUGAUGAUUUUUUAAUUUUUCCUAAUUCAAUCUAAUUGGAUCUACUAAGAUCGAAAGAGAGACAGGAAUAUCAUCAUCCUCAUCAUCAACAUGAUAAUCAUGAUCAUCCCUUUUUCUUUACUUCAUUUGUAAAUUAAUUAGUAAUCAUCCUCAUUAUCAUAAUAAUAAUAAUAAAGAUAUAAGUGAUUUGUAAAUGUAUUUCUACAGGUUAAUUUGUUAAAAUAUAGUUUUUCAUAUGAAAACAUGAGAAAAUCUGAUUGGCUUUAGACAUGGUUGUAGCUGAAUCGAUCAUAUAUUCUCACCAUUUGUCAAGUUCUAG